UUCAAGAGAAUCCGGCCGGCCAGUUGAUCGUAGACCCUCGUGCGAGAAGGGUAUAUAUAUACGUCGGUGACGGCGUUGAGUCGCCUUCUCAUCGGACUCCCGGGAAACAUUGCAGUGUGAAUUGUGUGUUUUUUUAUUUUGAUGAUAAUAAAAGAGGGGCCAGGACUCUCGCACGCCGCCAGAAAAAUAAUCGUUGGUCCACGUGAUUAUUUUUCCCCUCCCUUAGAGUAGAUAUUUGUGUGUGUGAUCGAUUUGGAUUGCUAGCGCCCGAAAGGGGAAAAAGAGAAAAGAGCCCCCCAGACAACCUUGUGCGUACUAGGAUUUUUUGUUUUCCAUCUUCGCCCAUUGAUUCCUGUGUCGUGUAUCUUCUCCUGUGUGGUGUCUUCAGCAUUCUACACAUUGCAAGAUUAGUUUUGAGGAAGCAGAGGCCUGUGUGCCGGAGUGGCCGAUAUGUGCUACUGAGCCAUCCGCACCUCCCCCUUCCCCCCUCCUCUCCUCUUGAUAGAAGGUACGUAAAUGGUGGACCAGAAGAAAUUCUUAAAAGUGAACAGACGACCUCGGUGUCUGAGCAUUCUGGCCUGUUCCUUCGGGAGUGUGCUUGAAGCCAAGCAGCUGUUGUUGAGUCAGCAGUGGUGAGGCAUAGACAUCAUGUCGCACCACAGCGAUGAAAAUGCCGUUUACACCUCCACAGACUCCUUCUGGGAGGUGGGAAAUUAUAAAAGAACUACGAAACGUAUAGAAGAUGGAAACAGACUGUGUGAAGACCUAAUGAAAUUGGUCUCCGAGAGAGCGGAGAUCGAAAAAAUGUAUGCAAAGAGUUUGAAAGAUUGGGCCAAGAAAUGGAAUAAUACCAUAGAGAAGGGACCUGAAUAUGGCACCACAGAGGCAGCUUGGAAAGGAGUGCUCAUGGAAGCAGAACAGAGAUGUGAUUUGCACAUGCGUGUACGAGAAAAUCUUAUCAACGAAGUUCAUAGUAAUGUUAAGCAGUGGCAAAGGGAUAGUUAUCACAAGUCCAUGAUGGGCCAACUGAAAGAAAAGAAGGACAUAGAAGAUAUGUUUAAAAAGGCUCAGAAACCUUGGGCCAAGCUUUUAGAAAAGGUGAACAAACAGAAAGCAGACUACCACAAUGCCUGCAAGAAUGAGAGGUCGGCCCAGAAUCAGGAAAGAAAUGCAGGUGGUGAUUCCUCUCUUUCUCCAGACCAGUUUUCUCCUCAUUUACAGUACCCGGAUUAUAAGACAAACAGCAUAAUCAUUAUGCACAACAAUAUGAAGGUUAAAAAACUGCGUGACAGGGUUUCUAAAGCCAGCGAAGAAGUAUCAAGAGGUCGAGAAAAAUAUGAUGCUGCUCUGAGAGAUAUAUCUGAUUAUAACCCAAAAUAUAUAGAGGAAAUGACACACGUGUUUGAGAAAGCACAAGAAGCGGAAUCAAAGAGACUAAUGUUCUUUAAGGAUAUGCUCUUUGCAACUCAUAAGUGUCUCAAUAUUUCCAAUGACCCAAGUUUGCCACGAAUCUAUGAGGAAUUCAACCAUACUGUAGCAAAUGCUGACUAUGAGAAAGAUCUUAAAUGGUGGAGCAAUAAUCAUGGUGUCAAUAUGCCAAUGAAUUGGCCCUCGUAUGAGGAAUAUUCUGAGGAAUUCCGCGACAUUAGUGGCAAAGGCAAGCGCGGUGGUGGACAGAUACCCGAAGGAGCGAUUACUUUGCUGAACCAGCGCACCGUCGGCGAUGACUUGCCAGACUACACUCCUGAGCUACAUCGAAUCAGCAAGAAGGGACCGAAGGGAGCUGUGAGUGGUGGCGGCGAUAUAACACUGACCUCGGUCAAAGGACCCCCUAACCAUACCUCUCCAGCCACUUCCAAAGCUUCGGAUAACAACAGACAUUCUGCUAUCAGUAUGAUGGUCAGUAAUAUGACCCACAGGAGUCUCAGGAAGCAUCAAAUCCUUUCGACGACGAUGAGGAUCCCCAUAGUCAAAACAAUGGUGUUAGUGGUGACGAUGACGAAUGGGACUACAGUGAUAGAAUGGUUGACACCAGUAAACCAGGAGUACCAGUGCGGGCACUUUAUGAUUAUGAAGGUGUUGAAUCUGAUGAACUUUCAUUCAAAGUUGGUGAAGUUUUUGAAAAACUGGAAGAUGAAGAUGAACAAGGGUGGUGUACGGGUCGCAAAGAUGGACGUAUCGGUCUUUAUCCUGCCAAUUAUGUGGAAUGUAUUUAGAUUAUAUAUAUAUACAUAUAUAAAGGUUUUGAAUCUUUGUAUAAUCAUGGAUUUCACCAGUAAUUGGAAUGUAACUGGUAGUCUUACUGGAGUGAUUGACCCCAGUGUAACAUACAAAGGGAUGUGCCAUGAAGUUUCCUCAGUACAACUGAAUGAAAAGGGCUUCUGGAAAUUAUGUAUCGUGACUGGCUUUACGGUGACUAUGGUUAAUUGUUUAUAAGUUGAAGCGCUAUUUUGAACAGUUGUAUUUGUUGAGGGUACAGCCCUUCUUUAUGAUGGGACCUUGCCCCCCCCCUCCUCCAGCCCAUCUUUCCAUAGCUCAGUGUUAUUAUUAGCAAGCUAUCUUUCAGGCUUGCUUAAGUGGUCUUUCAUAAUACAGCGAGAUUAUGAUAAGGACCAAACACUGAAAAAAAAUGGGAAAAAAUCAGUUUGUAUACUAUUACAAACCUGUGAUCAUUUGGCUUUUAUUGUUGAGCUAAAACAAGAUAGACUAUUUUCUUAGUCAUCUGUUGAUGAAACUUGUAUUAUACUAAAGUACCAAACUGACACAUCAUAUAAAAUGAAAAUUUAAUUUGUACACUAUUGGUCUUGAAAGCAGAAAAAGGCUGCAGAUAGUGGCAACAUGUUACCCGAAUAGAUGAUACUGUUUAGAUAGUAGUGGAACUAAUCAGGCAGGUAUAAGUAACGGUAAUUGUAAGCCAGAAAUGUGACCAAAUCCAUAGUUGUACAUUUCCUAGAGAAUAUUAACACAGUGAACAACUGGACUCCUCUCACUCAUUGCUCCGUUAUAUGGGGUAUAUUUCUGAAAACACUGAAAAAGUCUUAAAAGAUAUGUUGGUCUGUAAAGUUUGUAGUUUAGGAAAGUGUCUUCUGUAUGUUACGGUAAUGAUGCAUAUACAGUAUAUCUAAUGUACAUAGCACUUGUUUUAUUCCAAUAAGAAUCUUGUAAAUAGUAUUGUUGGUGUAGGCCCCACACUGUUAUAUAAUCUCUUAAGAUAUUUGUUUAUUUAUUUUAAUAUUGAGAAAUUCUUGUCUGCUCUGUUUUAUGGACUACCCUGUACACUUAUUUUCCAUCCUUGGAAAAUUAUUUCAAGUCAAUCUUUGUUUCCAGUUCAGAUUUUGCAAUGUAAGCUUUUCAAAUUACUUAUUAUUAUUAUUAUAUAAAUUUCAGUGUUGCAUACUAUUAGAUCUCUCUUAGGAAUACUGAGUGUCAUGGUGUAAUUGGAUUUGCAGUCAUGUUUUACUUGAAUAUUUUGUGUAGUGGAUUGUCACAAAAUUUAGAACAUUUAAAUUAUGACCAUAAAGUCUUAGUUUUCAGAGUGUCAUAACCGUUUCAUUAGCAGGAGUUCUGUAAUAAAUUUGUUUGCCAGAUUAAUUCAUUACAAGGUUUAACCUAAAUCAUAGUAUCUAAUUAUUUUUAAGAAUCACACAAUUUGACUACCAGUCCACCAACCAUUCUAAUACAAAAUUUUAAUGGCUAUCUAUGGUGGUGCAUUAUUUACCUUAUUCUAUUGAUUAUUUUAUCAGCAAAAAUUCAGUCAAAAUAAUGGAAUAUAGGCUAACAUUUUCCUUGCAAAGUUUUACAAGCAAUGUAUAAAGGUAUAGAAAAAUUCCUGAGGGUAGUAGAUUGAGGGAUUAGUUGCAAGAUUUGAAGACAGAUUAUUUUGUUUUACUGUAUUUAUUUUUCUGUACAUAAUUUCUUCAAUAUUCUUUCCAUACCUAAUGCAUAUAUUAAAAAAGGCUGUCUUAGAUCAAAUCAGCAGUUGGUGGCCUCAAGGUGUUUCGACGAACAAUGAUUUUUCUUGUGUCAGCUAUAGCUAAGUGAAAGUACUGAAGUUUCAGCUUAGAAUAAAAUGAAAUUGUGGGUCCUACAGUGUUAAUGUACUAAGAUAAUAGUGUGUAAGUUACUGUUGUGUAGCAAUAAGUCCUGUCCAUGUCAUAAAAAUUAUGACAUCACCACGAAGUGUCAUACUGUACAGCUGCUGUCAGUAUGAAGAAGUCUUAAUUGCCUGGUCUAAGUUUUAAAAAACAGUAUUUGUAGCUUAGGCAUAUGUUGAUUAUGUUGGAAGUGCCUGUAUAACUUUUCUUUCUCAUAGCAAACUCUUUGUCACUUAUUAAAUUCAUUUAAGUUUAAUCAUUUAUAUUUUGAUAUCACUGAUUGCCUCCUCAGUAUAUAUGAAUUUUAAUACAGGUGGAAAUGUUUUAUGUUAGGAAUCAUUUUCUAAGCAUUUCUCUAUAAGCAGCUUUUUUGUGUACAGUAAUUUUGUAUGCUAGUUAUCAAUCACUUUUUUUUUUUAGGUUUUGCAAAGACAUAUAUUUUGUGCUGUUUUGAUAAUCAAAUGAAUCCUUGCUUUGAAAAUGAAAACAUAGGUGAGGUAUAAUAUAUAGCCAAGUAAAUUCCACAAUGAAAGUAAAGUUGAUUAUGUAUAUCUUUUAUGUCAAAGAAGUUUCAGCACCAGGAAAGUAUUAUUUUACUGUUAAGGUAAAAAAUGGAAAUUAUACCUUAACAUUCCUAAAGUAUAGCUGCCUCUUGCAUCUUUUAUCAAUGAAAUUUUGCAAGAUUACUAGGAUUUUUAGUUUCAUCAUUCAUUCUGAUUGUCGAUAUAUCAGUGCUAGUAUUUUAAGAUUCAUUUUAAGCUUUCAUUAUUCUUCUGCUUGAUGCAGCCAUACUAAUUACAACAGACCCAAUUAUCUGCUCAAUACCAGACUUCAUGAAACACUUUUAAUGACUGUCAUCUCAUUAAAAUAAAUGUAUGAA